AUGUGGCUCAAUACCCUAGAGAAUACCGAGACGAAACUCACCUGUUACAACGGCUGGACCGUUAGUGAUGAAAAACCAUACAUCUUCCUCACCGCCAUCAAACACAGCAACAAACACAAGGGCAGGAACCUCAAAACCCACGGCUUUCCUCCCGAUGAAGUUGCCACAUUCAACACCCCCGAUGACAAACUGUUCAAGCUGAACUUCUACAUAUUCCUAUACCUCGGCACGGGAGUCACGGAAAUGGGACAGCAAUACUUGCAUCCGUUCAUUUUAUGA